AUGGGCAGCUUAGCCACCGAAGACAACAGCAGUUUCCCAAAGAAACUGGUUCCAUCAGGCGCAUGGGACAGCCACCAUCAUAUCUUCGAGCCGGAUCGAUUUCCGUUCGCAGAAGGUCGACACUUCACACCAGCCCGCGCCUCGCUCGAAGAUUUACGGGAGUUCGAACAGUCAGUUGGAGUUGACCAUGUCUGCAUUGCUCACGGUCUCUCUUACGGACCUGACUGCAAGUCUCUUCUUUACUAUUUGGAACAGUUCAGUGGCCAGGCACGGGGUAUUUGCGUGUUAGACCUGGAAACGGUUGCAGAUGAGCUUCUGGAUGAGUACCACGAGGCGGGAGUACGCUCAGUUCGACUAGACUUUUUCCGCCACAAGGCCAUGGACAAUGUGCAGAUUCAAGCGGAGUUGAUCGAAGCUACAGCCAAACGACUGGCAAGAUGGGGCAGGCCAGGAUGGAGCAUUCAGAUUCAGCAACCUCAUCUUGAGUUCUGGCCUCGUCUGCGAGACGUAGUGGACACGUGCCCGGUGCCAGUUGUAGUGGAUCAUUUUGCCUUGAUUGAUGGGAGUAGCUACAGGGUCAAUGACUAUGUCACCAAUAUCCAGGAUGGUUCGUAUCUGACCGAAGGAGAGCGCAUCGGUCUCGCCGCGCUUUGCGAGACACUCCGAAAUGGUAACUUAUGGAUAAAGCUCUCAGCUCCGUAUCGUUGUUCAAAUCUGGCGCCCGGCUACGAUGACCUCCGGUGGCUGGUGAGGCGUUUUGUGGAUGCUAACCCGAGGCGGGUGGUUUGGGGAAGCGAUUGGCCCCACACACAACGGCAUAAGGAUCGGGUUGGCAAGAGCUCGACUAGGGAGGAAGCCUUUCUUCAGAUUGACGAUAAGGCCUGGAUUGAGUCCUUGAGUCGUUGGAUGUCGGAAGAUGAGUGGCAGCUUUUGUGGGUGGAGAACCCGGCUACGUUGUAUGACUACCAUGAGUAA